AUGGCUGACAGCCAGCCUCCUCCCCCUGAGGCGUCCCCGGGCGCGGAGAACGAGGCGGCACAGCAGCACAGGCCCUCGGUCUCCUGGAACUUAGCCUCGUCCAGCACCGGCGCGGCCGCCUCCAAGAAGACCGCGGGCGCGUACCCCGCCUCGGCCGCGUUCCAGCGCCACAGGCUCAUCAGCCGCCCCGAUAUCAACCUCGGGGCCCAGCCGCAGAUCUGUUUCCUGCGGCCGCGGACCUCGCAGCCGCUCGUGCUCUUCAGCUUAAUGAAUUCCAGCGAAGCAGCCGUGACCAAAUUUUUACCCAAGAGCCACUUGUCUCGGGUGAUUAUUCGUGACAACCUCAGUGCACAGCGAAUGUAUGAAAUGGAGAUGAAAACUGUCGAUAAGACCAAGAAAAAGAUGAGCCACUUGUAUGACCACCUGAAAAAAAAGUUCUUGGUGGACCAGUUCAGAAAGCUGGGGCGCUGGAAACGGGAAUUCCUGAGUGUCCGGCAGUACCUGGACAGUAUGCGUGCACGCCAGGUUGAUUCCAUCCUAAGAGGAAAAUCCAGCCGCACUACUCAAAAUAGAAGCUCCACCGCCUCAGGGUCACAGGCACUCUAGACUGACGGGGAGAAGACGUAGAAGCCAGCCAGCCACAGGAGGAGGAGACGUAGAAGCCAGCCAGCCAACACCAUCGUAGAACAAUAAACACCAGCGGACAGUGGAGCACAAACCCCCUGGCACUCCUGCUGUUCCUUUCCCUGCCUCGUUCCCUCUGUCCUGAUGAAGGAGAUCCUGAUGGUCCCCUAGCUGCCUGCGUGGAGGAGGCUUAAUCAAGCCAGCAUGCGUGGUUAAGGCAAAGAUGGACCUUCUGUACCCACGUGUCUGAGGUGCAAUGCCAGGCCAGGUGCCCUGGGCAGUGAUGCCUUAGAAAGGAGGGGCUCAGGAAUGCCUAGCGUUUGUUCCGAUGAUGAGGAGGUCAGGAUGGCUGCAGGCUCCUCCCUGGCCCAGGCCCUAGUUUGGGCUUAUGGCAGGAGGCAACCAAUCGACGUGUUUCUCUCACAUCGAUGUUUCUGUCUCUUCCUCUCUCUUCCAAUCUCCCUAAAAAUCAAUGGAAAAGUAUUCUCAGAUGAGGAUUAAAAAGUAAAAUCAAGAGGAGGUGGGAGCCAGUUGGCUUGAAAAAACCCAAGGAAACGGGGGUCAAACUCAAACUCAUUAUGGGAGAAGGUAGGAGGAAGAACAGGCAACUAAAAUGGGUUAAUGAGUCUAUGGAUGCCUUGUUAUUUGUGUGCCCUACGCAUAUUUUACAACAUUCUUUGGUAUCUGCCAGAAUAUAAUAAACAGACCCCCACCACCUGGGGCAGGGAGGGGAGAUAACCGCUCCAACCCAUUGCCCUACCUCUCUACACUCAAGUUUGCAAAGUAGAGGUAACAUUUUUCCCAGACAGGAAACAGUAAGGCUUUUCUCUAACGUUUCUGAACUCAGUAUCUGAGGUCAUCUAGGACUUGCAGUGUGGAUGUUGGCAACACAGAAUAGAGCCCUCCUGAUUCUGGUAGUUAGAUUCUGGCCCUCACAGAGCUUCCAGCCGGAUAUUCUCAAAGGGGCCAGAGGUAAUACGGAUCUAAUAGCAUAACAGCACGUGAAACCUAUACCAACUCAUUUCAGAAUGUCCACAAGAGGGCACUAUUGCAACACCUUCCUGCAGGGUGAGAGCCCUCUAGGUCUAUUAAUUGGGUUUGCAGAGUGCAGCUGACCUGGGAUGUGAACAGCAACCUUCCUUCCAAACUUGUGCUCUUGGCUACAUGCUGCCUAUCUCCCUCUUAGUUCAUGCAUCUCCUCUCCUGGGUAAAAUGAGACAAACCAGCAUGUACCUUAGUGUCUAUGGUUGGCUACAAGCUUAUAAGAGAGCCUGUCUGGUUUUUGAAUGAAGACCAAUGGGAGCUGGAAGGACUGGGUUCUUAUCCAGUUGUUGGCAAUGUGACCUUGGGCUCAGGCAUAUGGGGACAGGGUUCCUGCCAUCUCACAGGGCUACCCAGAACCAUCCAGCCCACAAGGGACUUUACUUCUUUCCUGCCCCUAAGGUCCUCAGGGACAGCCUGGCGGCUAGUUUUCCAAUGGGGUAGCAUUUGACAGUUUAAAAGAGAAAACUCUGCCCUAGCCAGUUUGGCUCAGUGGGUAGACCGUUGGCCUGCUGACUGAAUGGUCCCGGGUUCGAUUCUGGUCAAGGGCAUGUACCUCUGUUGCAGUCUCUCCCUGGCCUAGCCCCGGGCACGCCAUGUGCAGAAGGCCAACCAAUCCAUGUGUUUCUCUCACGAUAUUUUUCUCUAGUCUU